CCGCUCCGUGAGGCGACCGGACCCAGCUACGGGGCGGCGGAGGGACCGAGCGGGGCCGUUUCGCGGAGCUCUCUCUCACACUCCCCCCCCGGGCCGCCGCCAUGCCGCGCUACGCGCAGCUGGUGAUGGGCCCGGCGGGCAGCGGGAAGAGCACGUACUGCGCCGCCAUGGUGCAGCACUGCGAGGCGCUGGGCAGAGCCGUGCAGGUGGUCAACCUGGACCCGGCGGCGGAGCUGUUCGGGUACCCCGUGAUGGCAGAUAUCCGUGAGCUGAUAGAGGUGGAUGAUGUUAUGGAGGAUGAUUCCUUGAGGUUUGGCCCCAACGGGGGCCUGGUGUUCUGCAUGGAGUACUUCGCCAACAACUUCAACUGGCUGGAGGAGAGCCUGGGGCACGUGGAGGAUGACUACAUCCUGUUUGACUGCCCAGGUCAGAUUGAACUCUAUACACAUUUGCCAGUGAUGAAACAGCUGGUGGAGCAGCUUCAGCAGUGGGAAUUCCGUGUCUGUGGAGUGUUUCUCGUUGACUCUCAAUUUAUGGUGGAAUCUUUCAAGUUUAUCUCUGGAAUUCUGGCAGCACUCAGUGCAAUGAUCUCUUUAGAGAUUCCACAGAUUAACAUCAUGACUAAAAUGGAUUUGUUGAGCAAGAAAGCUAAGAAGGAAAUAGAAAAGUACUUAGAUCCGGAUAUGUAUUCUAUGAUUGAAGAUUCUACAAACCUAUUGAAAAGCAAAAUGUUUAAAAAACUGACUAAAUCCAUAUGUGGAUUGAUUGAUGAUUAUGGUAUGGUUCGAUUUCUGCCUUUUGAUCGCUCUGAUGAGGAAAGUAUAAACAUAGUUCUGCAGCACAUAGACCUUACCAUUCAGUAUGGAGAAGAUCUUGAAUUUAAAGAACCAAAGGAACAUGAAGAAGAUAAAUCUGCUCUUGUGGAUGAGUAUUUUCAAGAUCACGUAAAUGAGUGAAAAAUAGAUGCUCAGAAGGAGGAAGAAAAUACCUUGCCUGUGUGUUCAAAACAACAAAAAAUCCACUGCUGUACAAACAUAUUUGAUGUUUUAUCUGUAAGAUAACUAAAAUUUCUACUGAGAAGGGGGCUAUAUGUCAGUUUAUAUGACAGAAUAUUGUGAACUAUACUGUUGGUUUUAGUUCUAAGUACAGAAAGUUCCCGGAUUCUCUUAAAUGUUUCAAUUUAUUUUUUUUAGUUCUUCUCCUAAAAUGUAUUAGUCUAAUAUUUACUCAGCUACUUUCAGCUGAAUUGGAGGAUGUUCUGCUGCUCAUGUCCAAGUAUCUAUUAACCUUGCCUUUUCCUUAACCCUGAGGAAUGAGUUUUGCUCAUGGACUCCUUGAAUUAAAUUAUUUUCCGUAAAGGUC